AACGCAUUGGAUGCUGAGUUUUCUGCAAAAUCGAAAACUAUACCACGUUUUUUCCAUUAAUACAUUUUUAUUAUUUCUAAUUUUCGUUUUUUUAUUUCUAAUUGGUGAAAAAAUAAAAUAGUCGUGUUUAACCUUAAGUUUAACAUAGAAAUUAAAAUUGUGACACAAAAAAGUGUUUCUAUAUAGACUAGGUUGGCAGCUUGAUUGUUACUGUGCAAACUUAUUUCGAUAAAUAAUUAACGAGAAAAAAGAUUUUCUGCAAAUUACAUGUUCCUGUGUAUAAAAAAGGAAAUUCAAUGUGAUUAAAAGAUUUCAAAAUAGAGUUUUUGUUGUGAAAUCAACGUGAAUGUUAGAAGACUGUAGCAAAAAUUUGAUAUGAUAUCUGUCAUCCAAAAUCGAGGUCAUUUCAUUUGAGCUGGGAAUCAAAGUGAAGUGCUUCGAAUAAACGUGUAAAAUUUUGUCGCCCAUCGAAUAAGAGCAUUCGCCAUCAUAAUAAUAAUUUCGCCAGUGCAUUUGGUUUCUUAAUUUAUUCAUUUUGUGUCAGCCUCGAGGACCUUUACUCGUGUAUGUGUGCAUAUUCAUGUGAACAUUUAACUCUGAAAGUAGUUUUAUUACAUAAAAUACAUAUAGUUGGCAAAGGCAUCAAUUGCAAACCAUCUUGCUGUCACCAUCGACGACCGUCAUCAUCCAUUUGUUCGUUGUACAUCAACAUUGUACACGACAGGCAAUUCACUUCGUAUGUGUAGUACAAAAAAAUGAAGAACAACCGCCUAUAAAAGUUUUUGCUAUAAGCAUUUGUGCUCUGGCAGUCUCGCCAUUCGAUGUGGAGAAUUCUGUUGCUGGGAAAAAGAACAUAUAAAAUAUUUACAAAAUGUCCAUGUCCAUGUGCACGAGCUCACAUCAAGAAGGAUUGACUGAUAACGGUGGAAGGGCGUCACAGCAAUUGUCAGUGCUUCAGAAGAUAGGAAACUGUUGUUUCCCACCAGCUCCACAAUCACAGCAAAUUUAUCGAUAUAAUUUCUAUUUGUGCCAAUGGCAAAAUGAUCAUGAUGUCAGCAUUUUAUAUUUGAUAUACCGUUGGUUCGCUGCGAUAUGGUUUUUGGCUGUUUUAAGUUGCUCACUCCUUGACAUUGGCCGUGCUGAUGAACCUCGAUUCGAAAAUCACUAUGCCAAGUGGUGGAUCGACUUAACGAAUUGGGGACUAGUCGUGUGUUCAGUACAAGCCUGGCUUGGUGCAAUGAUUGUAACGCAAGGUCUUAUGGUCGAUCGUGAUGAUUUUGGCAUGCAACGUAAGGUGAAAAAGGGUUGGUUGCGCCACGCAUAUUGGAUUUUGAACACAAUAGCCACCGUAUACUCAUUCAUAAUAACAUUCUUUUUUUGGACAAUGCUGCAUGAUCCAGAAAGGGACAAAAUUGAUGCGAUCAAUUUGAUGGUUUACGUUUUUAAUUCGGUAAUCAUGCUUAUCGAUUUAAUGACUGUAACACAUCCCGUUAACCUUAAUCAUGGUUAUUGGACCAUGAGUAUUGGAAUUCUUUACACUCUAUUCACUGUUGUUUACUUUAUUGCUGGCGGCACCACUCGGACAAAAUCAAAAUCAAUUUAUCGGCUCCUCGAUUGGCGAAAACCGGGAAAGGCAAUAGUUGUUAGUUUGGCAUGUAUAUUCUGUGUUUUUGUCGUCCAUGUAUUGGUCUACUGUUUGUACCGUUUUCGAGUGUGUAUUUUUCAAAAAUUUUGCAUGCGUCAACGUACCUUCCAUCAAUAUGCAAGGGGUGAUGAUCAAAUCAUCAUUGAAAACAAUCAAACACUUAAAAUUGCCCGCACGCCGUCAUCCUAUGAUGAAUCGAAAUCCGAUCAAUUUUUCAAUCCAUCAACAGUUGUUGAGCUUAAGUAAAUAAAUGGUAAACACGUUUUUUUAACACUAUCGAGUUUGUUAAAUUUCUGUUGAUGUGGCAUUCGGUCGCCCUCAGAAGAAAACAAAAAUUUAAAAAUAAAUAAAUAAAUAAAUUGCACAUACUCGCUAAAUUUUAAUCUAGACAACAACAACAAAAUAUAUAAUUAAAAAAAAAAAGAAAAAAAUCGUGAAACACAAAACAAAUUUCUAUUUGCAAACUAAAAUCUCCACAAAAUAUAUAUAAUAAAUAUAUGUUGUAAAUGUAAAUAUCAUAGAGUUCUAGCCAAAUGCCAUGAGAUUAAACCAUACAACUAGAAUGUUUGACAAUAUUAACCCUGAUUUAUUUCAAUACUAGAUGUGUUGUACACAAGUGAUAUAAUUAGAUUUAAGUGCCGUUAAAUUAAAAAGAAAAAAAAAACUACACAAACACACAAGUAAACACAAAAAUGACAUAUUUAGUUGAUUUAAUUAGUACAAAGAGAAUCUCGGCACCUUUAUAUUAUAUAUUUCAGUAGAAGAAAUUAAAAAAUUGUGAAAUAUUUGAAUUAAUACUUACGUAUUUAAAACACACACAAACAUAUGGACGCUACAGAAUUCAACAAGAGAAUUAGAACUAUUAUCAGUAUAUUUAACAAAAUUUGAUUCCUUCCAACAUUUAACGGAACCGAGAGUUCAAAACAAUCUCUCUCUCUCUCUCUUAAAAAAUUGCUCAACUUUGCUAGCUUUGAAUUUAACAGCGGUAACACCAAUUCAUCUACGCAAAAACACUUCAAAUUCACUGAAUCGAACAUGUAUUAAAUAAAAUUAUAUUCAAGUAACAGAAACAAAAACAUAAAAACAUACGCACAUGAUCAUGUAAUCGAGAUGUACGCGCAUGAAUUAAAUAGAUUGUUUGCGUCAUCUGAACGAUCCUGAAGAGUGUACGCUUUGACCAUUUUGAUCAGUGUGUCUAUAAUCAGUUAAGGAGACUACAACGACUAUAUGAAAUACGCACCGUUUUAAAUUUGUUUUUGUUUACAAUUUUCGUCACAAUGCGUCACUCACUCAACGUGCACACAUUUUUACAUUCACAUUUUUCUUUAUUGGUAUUUAAUAUACACUGUAUAUGAACAGCUGUGUGCUGUAUGCAGAAUGCUAAAAAUGUGUGUUACUGCGCCUGGAACUGUUCUUUUUUCGCAUAUGUUUGCUUAUUUUUCCCUUUGCAAAGCGCAACCGUACGAUGCGCUUCUUUGAAUUUCUCUACACGCCACCACUCUAUAGUUUAGUCUAUAUGUGUGUCUUGUUUCGGCAAAUCCACACUUCGCAGUGACGCUGUGCGCAAUUCAAGUUAGUCUUAAUUGUGGUUUUCGAUGGAAACAAGCUCAUAUGAGAGCGCGCUCAUGAAAUAAACAGAAGCUGCGAUUAGUUCAAAAAUCUCUAUUGAAGUUGCGUGUUGUGUCUACUUUUUUUUCUUUUCCUUUAUUUGGUCUUAUGCUAAAUCGAAUUGAAGCAUCUCAUUGCUGUUUUAUAACAGUACUUACUUUAUAAAGUGAUCAUCAUUACAUUUGAAUUUGGCACGAGUGUGACAACCUUUGCAACAAUUUGAAAGCAUUGUGCCUACUGCCUACACUAUGUGAAGACGGUCAAAUUUAUCGAAUACGCUGUGGAAAUUAACUGUUCACCCCGGAAAUUGGAUUUCAAGUACAUUGAACAACAAUUAACAAUAAAACGGAUGACAGUUCAGAGUGAUUUUGGAAAUUAUCGUUGUUGAAUAUUAUUUACGAAAGGAAGGUUUAUUUGUUUACUUAUUGCAGAGCUGGGCACGAACAGUCGGUCGUUCGUUCGUAAAUUGUAAAAAAUAUGUUUUUGUGGUCGGUCGUUCGUUCGUUGAAAUCAUUAAUGAUCAGUCGGUCGUUCGUAAAAAUUGAAAUGUUCGUUGUGUUCGUUCGUAUGUGCGAUCGAACACCGAACAUGUCCGGAUGUCCGGAUGUUC